AUGCUGCUGUAUGUGGUACCCCUUGUGGGCCUGUUCUACCUUGUGCACUGGUACUGGGAGAGGCAGGUGGUGAUCUACCUCCAUGACAGGUAUGUGUUCAUCAUGGGCUGUGACUCAGGCUUCUGGAACCUGCUGGCCAGACAGCUGGACAUGAGAGGCUUGAGGGUGCUGGCUGCAUGUCUGACAGAAAAAUCAGCCAAACAGCUGAGGAAACAGAUGUCAGGAUGGCUGCAGACAGUGAUCCUGGAUGUCACCCAGACAGAGAGCAUUGCUGCAGCUGUCCAGUGGGUGAAGGAGCGUGUGGAGGACAGAGGACUCAGGGGUCUGGUGUUUAAUGCUGGCAUCUCCUUCCCCUCUGCUCCCAGUGAGUGGUUGAAGAAGCAGGGCUUCAUGAACAUUCUCAGCAUGAACCUGUUGGGGGUCAUUGAGGUGACUUUGAGCCCGCUGCCUUUAGUGAGGAAGACGCAAGGCCAUGUGGUCAAUGUGUCCAGAGUCAUGGACCAGGUCUUGCUCUUUGGUGGAGGCUACUGCAUCUCCAAGUAUAGUGUGGAGUCCUUUUUGGACAGCCUCAGGAGGGAGCUCUUCUAUUUUGGGGUGAAAGUGGCUAUUAUUGAGCCUGGUAUCUUCAAGACCAAUGUGAAUAACGAGGAAAUACUCAUAGCAAGUUACAAGAAGUCAUGGGACGAGGCCAGCUCAGAGGCCAAGGAGAUCUAUGGUGAGAAGUAUCUUGAAUCCUCCAUACAAAAUUUAAUACCAAUGGAGCAAAAAUGCAAAAGAGACCUCUCCGUGGUGACAGACUGCAUGACUGCCUGUCACCCUCAUACCCGACUCACUGGCUGGGAUGCCAAGCUCUUUUACCUCCCCAUGAGCUACCUGCCCAUAUUCCUGGUGGAUGCCUUUGUGUGCCUGCACUCCCCAAAGCCAGAAAAAGCCCUAUGA